AUGGCUCCCGGGAAUGUCACCAGAGUGACGGAAUUCAUUCUCAUGGGCGUCUCGGACCUUCCAGAGCUCCAGAUUCCUCUUUUCUUCGUGUUCCUGGUCAUCUAUGGGCUGACCGUGGCAGGCAACAUGGGCAUCAUCACCCUCACCAGCGUGGACGCCCAGCUCCAGACGCCCAUGUACUUCUUCCUCCGCCACCUGGCUAUCAUCAAUCUCGGCAACUCCACGGUCAUCGCCCCCCAGAUGCUGGUGAACUUCCUGGUGACGAGGAAAACCAUAUCUUACUACGGGUGUGCCGCUCAGCUGGGCGGGUUCUUGGUGUUCAUCGUGGCUGAGAUCUUCAUGCUGGCUGCCAUGGCCUAUGACCGCUACGUGGCCAUCUGCAACCCCCUGCUCUACCUGGCGGUGGUGUCCCCGCAGGUCUGCUUCCUCCUGGUCUUCCUCACCUACCUCUACAGCCUGACCACAGCGCUCACCGUGUCCUCCUGCGUGUUCUCUGUGUCCUACUGCUCCAACAACGUCAUCAAUCACUUCUACUGCGACAACGUCCCUCUGCUAGCCUUGGCCUGCUCGGACACCUACAUUCCCGAAACCGCCGUGUUUACCUUUUCCGGGACCAAUCUGUUCUUCUCUAUGAUUAUUGUCCUAGUGUCCUACUUCAACAUCGUCCUGGCUAUUUUGAGGAUCCGGUCCGCAGAGGGGCGGCGCAAAGCCUUUUCCACCUGCGCUUCCCACAUGACGGCUGUCACUGUGUUCUACGGCACGCUGCUCUUCAUGUACCUGCAGCCUAGGACCAACCACUCCUUAGAUACUGAUAAGAUGGCCUCGGUCUUCUACACCCUCGUGAUACCCAUGCUGAACCCCCUCAUUUACAGCCUCAGGAACAAGGAUGUGAAGGAUGCGCUGAAAAGAUUCCUGAAUAACCCGUGUCAAUCACUCAAUCGAAUAUAA